UUUCUGUAUGUGUAGGGGUGUGGUGUGACAAUAUGAAUAUUCGACCUUUGAUACCUGAGCUGGCUGAGAUAGCCUGUCGAGAACUAAAUGAGGAUCCAAAGAGGAUUGAAAGCGACGUACAGCAUAUAAAAGAUUGGAUAUCUAAACAACCUCACUUAAGAGCAAGAACAGAUGACCAGUGGAUUGUUACGUUUCUACGCGGCUGUAAAUACAGCUUAGAAAGAACAAAAGAGAAAUUAGACUUGUAUUAUUCGUUCCGCUCGUUGGCUCCAGAAUUGUUUAGGAUUAGAACAACAGAUCAGUUGUUUAAGGAGAUUAUUAAACUUGGGGUUUUCUUAAUAUUGCCACCAUCAAAGUCAGCAACGGCUCCUCGAGUAACAGUCAUUCGACCGGGAAGAUAUGAUUCAGAUAAAUAUAACAUUAUAGACAUUCUGGCAGCAACACACAACUUAGAAAAGAUUGUACUAGCGGAAGACGACAGUGGCGUUAUUGUGGGACGGCGAACAAUUCUUGAUCUAGAAGGAGUGACUAUGGGACACUACGUACAAAUGACACCAAGUUUGAUGAAGAAAAUGGUCGUAUUAGGACAGGAUGCUCUCCCGGUCAGAAUGAAAGGAACACACUAUAUUAACUUACCGCCAGGAUUCGAAACUAUUUUUAAUGCAAUGCGAAGUUUACUGAACGAAAAAAAUAAGAGCAGGUUGUACGUGCAUAAUAAAAACUUUGAAGAGUUAUAUGAAUAUAUUCCUAAAGAUUCAUUGCCUACAGAAUAUGGAGGACAUGCCGGGACUACAGAAGAAAUUAUUGAUUACUGGCUCAAUAAAGUUGAAGAAAACAGCUCCUGGUUUGAGAAGGAAGUCCAAUACGGCACUGACGAGAGUAAGAGACCAGGGAAACCAAAGAAUGCUGCAGACAUGUUCGGUGUUGAGGGAUCCUUUCGGAAACUUGAAGUUGAUUAAGAGAUAUUUAUUCACUUUCACAACAUUAUAAAUACAUUAAAAUAUACCAUCAUUAUAAUUA